UCUACUAAAAUAGUCCUCGGACAUGAGCUUGGUCCUCAACUAGAACACGUCUUUCUCGUGGAAAACUUUGGCACAGUGGACCUCUAUGAUGUCAUAUUUCAGUUGGAUAUCCCAGUCCGCACCGACACUGGGGACACCCUGUUCUACCUCAGCGAUAAAGCCCGACUCCUCAAUGAUAGUGCCUCGGAUUUCCGAUGGGUGAACACUUUGCCAAAGAUGGUUUCUGCAAAUGGAAGUGAAGUCGGUGCCUGUGAGAUUGACGAGGAUUUCGUCAACCCUCUCGACCUCACGAUUCGUGAGGGCGGAUCUGGAAGUUUACUUGUGCACGGGAUCUUAGCCAUUGACGAGGGAACUUGCAUGCUGGCUUAUCGACCACGAGGCCUCACCACCACCGCCGAACCCACGUGGGACAGCUGCGCCCGUGCCCUGUGUGUUCGCCUGCCCACGCCCAUGUCUUUUAAGCAUGACUCACCCGGGCGCUCCCCCACCGGCCGGGGCGACAAGGCCGGCGUGCGUGCGUCGUGCGUGCGUUGGGCUCCCCUUUCGACUCGCGCCCGCCACCACCUCUGUCCGUUAGCUCCAGGUCUUUGUGAGCAGGCCCCGCGCAAAUGCUUUUCUCGUUCAAACCGACAAAGUAUUCGUCGACGCAGGUCAACAAGCCAAGAGGAUACCAUCGAAUCAAGUAGGAUGACAUUUAUCAGCCCUUUCGGUGAUAACCGUGUGAGGGUCUACUUUAAGAGGUCAGGCCAGCGACAGGCAACAAUUUCUUGUGUGGCCCCUCAAUCUGACAACCCGUAUGGCGGCGAACUGGACUUCGAGGUCGUUUGUGCCACGGUCAUUUGUCGGCUGGGCAAGUUGUCCCACGCUGAUGCUAUCCGAAUCAGCCUUACAGGCUGGUUGUGGGCACCGACAUUUUUCAAGUAUCAGCUUCCCGACGUCAAUUUUGUCAACAAAUUAAGUUUGAUAAAUUGGGGUCCACCUCCGAAAACCCUCCUUGCCUACCCAUCCGCCAUUUUGGAGUAUCCAGAAAAUCCACCAUCAUACGAAUUGGCCCAAACUAUUGUCUUUCGUGGAGUAACUGGGAAAUAUCUUGAGCAAAUUCAACUUUGGCCAAUCGUCGUGGGUGUUGUUCUGGGCAGUAUCCUGCUAUUUAGCCUAAUUGCCUCAUUGUAUUGCUGUGGUUUCUUCCGGAGACGUCAAAAGACAAAGGAAGCUAAACGAAAGUCAAUGAUGGCGGCAAGAAGCAGGGCUUCGGCGCAUGCCGGAGACGACCAUCCAUCGGCCUUUCUCUUGCAAAAGAACGCCAACGGGAAAGACGUUUCAGCGAACGGGAAGCGUUCUCAAACCUACACGGCGAACCCAAUGCAUGCCGAAAGCCCAAAUUUAAUCUACGCUCCUGGGCCACAGCCUCCAACCCCUCCUCCACAAGAGAGUAACGAUGUUAGCAAUCGAAAUUCCGACUGGGUGUUUGAAUUUCCUAGCCGUGUGGGGCUGGACGCGGCCCAAUCAGGUGACGACGCUGUGGGCGAACACAGUGAAAACGAUCAAUUUGGCAAAAAGGAGCCGUUGGUUACCAACGGCGACCGUGAUGUCCGUGACGCCUCUUCCUCGUCAAGCUCCGGCAUUCCAGAUUGGUUGAUGUCCGAGUUAAAAGAAAAUGAGGUCAAAAGCAACACAGCUUGGUUGCUGAUCGAGCAGCCCUCUGGUAUCACCCCAAUACGGCCUGGAUUUUGCAGUGAGGCGCACAACGCCGCCACUGAGCUCGAUUGCUGA